GGAGUGGUGGCAGCGAUUGUAGAAAAAAAAAAAAAAGAAACAGUAGUUUGUGAUGAAAGCAAGCACGAUUUGUCCUCUUGGAUUUAUAAAAUAAAAACUCCCUCAAAGUCGGUUCCACAGUUUCAGAGUCUCUUUCUUCUUCUAGUAGUGCACCAGCAACAACUACAGUGAAGAGUGAGGAGGGGAUGCAAGGCAUAGGGAUAGGGUGCUGCUCAAACGACGUCGUAGGGCAGCUGGAGCUAAGUCCCACUAUGAGCAACUCCUCUUCCUCGCUAUCGAUGGAGCUGGACGAGUCCCCCGAGAGCCGAAUCCAACGGCUGAUAUCGGAGCACCCCGUCAUCAUCUUCACCCGAUCCUCCUGCUGCAUGUGCCACGUCAUGAAGAAGCUCCUCGCCACCAUCGGCGUCCACCCCACCGUCAUCGAAUUGGACGACCACGAGAUCGCCUCCCUCCCCCUCCCCGACACCACCGCCCCCGCCGCCUUCAUCGGCGGCACAUGCAUCGGCGGCCUCGAAUCCCUCGUCGCCCUCCACGUCAGCGGCCACCUCAUCCCCAAACUCGUCCAAGUCGGCGCUCUCUGGGUAUGAACUAUGCAUAUCAAUAUAUUCCUCCCCUUGAUUAAUUUUUAUAUAUAUGAUACGCUAAGCUAUUGCUAGCUACCCUAUCUGUCUAGUAUUAUUGUUCCAAAAGAAGAACAUUACUAAUUGUAUAAUUUAGGGUUGUGAAAUCCCAAUUUGUGUUAUUGAAACUAGUUUGGCAGAAUUUAGGUGAGUGAUCACGAAUCUGGUUUGACUUGCCGUUUACGGAUCAGAGGUGACACGUGUAAAGGAAUGACAUCCAUGACCAGCGGGUGAGGGUGGUAAUAAUAACGUCAACUUUGGCCUCAACGCGCUAUACUGAGUAGAUUGCUCUUGUCCGUAGAUUGGGUCCCAUUCACAAUUAUUAUGCAAUCGGGACCGUAGAUAGGGCAGUCGCUUUGUCAGUUUGCUUCGGGAAUCCUAAGCUUAUCUAUUCCUCCAUCUCCUCUUCCCCCUUUUACUUGUAUGUAAAUUCAUUAAUUUCCGGGUUAGAAUUAUGGCACUUUGUUUUAUGCUAGUUUCACUUUCAUCGUUAUCUUCAUUUUCCUCUUGUUUUUUUUGGUUUCAAUGAGAAUAAAUGUAUCAUAAUGGCAAAUAUUAUCUGGUUUGGAUUGGGUGGGUGGGACCGUAAGAAACAGUAACACCACCGUGCCCUACCAAGUGAAGGUUGGAAUAGAAACUUAUUUGACAAA